AUGGCCAUGCACUCGCCGGCGAUGUCUCUACCAGCAGAUGUCCUAAUCCGCGCAAGGGCAGUAGAAACACUAUACAGCGGCAUUCCAACACAGAAAGCUAUUGCAAUCAGAAAUGGCCGAAUCAUGGCAGUCUCGGAGGAUGCCAACCAAUUGGACUACCUCAUCGGGGACAAGACCAUUAUUAUAAACAAGCCCGAGUCAACGGUCCUGCCUGCCUUCAAUGAUACACAUACUCACUUGAUUUUUGCUGGCUUAAGUCAGUUCGACGUCCCCGUGCAUGACGUUCGCGAUCUUGGCGAACUUCUAGGCCGCCUGAAGCACCGGGCGGCCGUUUCCUCGGAAGGUGAAUGGAUAUGUACAGCAACAGACUGGCAGGAGUUCAACUUGAAGGAAAAGCGGCUUCCAACGCUCAAAGAGCUCGACACAAUUUCAACCAAGCAUCCAAUCAUGGUCCGACGAGGUGGCCAUAACGUAGUGGUCAACUCCGUAAUUAUUGACAUGAUUGGGGUCACAGCGGACACACCAUCGCCCCCAGGUGGUCUUAUCGGAAAAGAAAAGGAUGGAUCCCUCAAUGGACUGUUUCAGGACUCAGCUCUGGUGCUCAUGGAGAGCGUCAAACCAUCCCCAAACCUUGAAGAACGCAUUGCCGGCCUCGAACAUGCAUCGGCAUCGUAUGCAGCUACAGGGACAGGCUGUGUCCGCGACUGCUUUGUUUCCCUCGCCGACCUCAGAGUAUUGAAGGCGGCCUAUGAUGCCGGGAGACUGAAUGUACGCGUACGAGCAUUGGUUCCUACACUCGGUUGCACCACGGCGGCCCAAGUGGAAGAACUUCUUGAGAAGAUGGAACAGUGGAGAUGUCUCCAGAACGAGCAAUGGCUUUCCGUCUGGGGCGUUAAGUUCUUGGUCGACGGUGGCAUUGAGGCCGCAGCUACCAAAGACCCAUAUGUUGUGGUGCCUCCUGGGCAAGAGUGCUGUCUACCCUCUGGGUACCAUGGUAUCACGCUUUGGGAGACAAGCAACCUUGUUGAAGCAAUGAGCGUGGUUAUAACACGAGCUUGGAAGAUUGGCACACACGCUUAUGGGGACAAGGCUAUCUCACAAGUUCUAGACGUCUACGAAAUACUUCUGCAACGGUUUCCCUUUCUUCAAAUUGGAUCUUUGGUUCUUGAGCACGGAGGCUUAGCGUCUGAACAACAGCAACAAUGUUACGACCCGUUAGAUACACCUAACAGGACCCACUCGGUUGGGCGGUUAUGA